CCAGUGGCGGAUGUAUGUAACAGCAGCAUACUGAAUGAAGAGGAAAUGCUCUAUCGUUUGCAAUAAUCGCCAAGACACGAUCUGCGAUAAUGGCUACCAAUCACUCUUGUCUACCCUGCACUUUUGUUGCGAUAUCUGGAGACAACUUCUAUUUUCAAGUUAACGACGAUGAAACAGAUUUGCAGUGUGAUUCAUAUCAAAUAGCCACAACAUCCAAGGCCAAGCAUUGGCUCCGAGUCCAAGACAACUGCUUUCUCUCAGUUACUGGAGAACAGUGUCACUUUGUGCAUUUAAACGAGGAGGAAGAAGGACCUGACUGUCAGUUCAUCGUUCAACCGUUCAACGAGACCCCGGACUCCCCCCACUCUGAGGCUAGAGGAAGGGCCGUCACCCUGGCUGUUAGGGAGGAGAGCAAGUACAAGGUGGUGUCCUGUCGGGAGGGCAGCAACGACAUCAAGGUGGAGAUCAUGAAUAAACUUCCAGAGACAGUCGGCGACACUGACUGCUGGUUCUUGUUCUACAUGAAGGACUGUAUUGGGAGGAGUGGGCACUACCUGUUCGUGUCCGCUGCCAAGCCGAAAUUCGCCCUGGCCAUCGAACCGGAACAAGGGACUACCCGAAUAAACAAACUAGUGUUGCGACAAUUAGAUGAUGAGGUGGACGAGGGCUGCCACAUUGCAGUGCCUGAAGUGCGUCGGUCUGUAAAUGCAAAUAAAUAGAUGAUAAAUAAA